UUUUUCCACCUGAUUCCCUUCCUUCCCAUCCCUCCACUGUCAGAUAAAGACCGCCAUGGAUUCUCCACUAGGAGAAGACGAAGAUUUCAUAUGAAGGAUAGCGCAACUGGGUUCCGUUUUUAUCUUUGCUCUUAUUGAUCCUCGUUUGGAAUUCUUUCUUCUUUUUUUCGUCGUUUGGGAGGAAAUGGACCGCCUGCUCAUCGACGAUAUCAUCUCCAGACUCGAGCAGACGGGUCAACCGAAGUCAGGGAAACAGGUUAGGCUCUCGGAGGAUGAAAUCCGCAUGCUCUGCGUGAGAUCAAGGGAAGUCUUCUUGUCUCAGCCGAACCUUCUCCAACUCCGGGCGCCCAUCAAAGUCUGCGGUGACAUACAUGGGCAAUACUAUGACCUACUAAGGUUGUUUGAGAUAGGAGGCUUCCCUCCUUCCACAAGUUAUUUAUUUCUUGGGGACUAUGUUGAUCGUGGAAAGUUGAGCUUAGAGACAAUAUGUUUGCUUCUAGCAUAUAAAAUUAAGUAUCCAGAUCGUUUCUUUCUAUUGAGAGGAAACCAUGAGUGCUCAAAAAUAAACAGAAUCUACGGCUUUUAUGAUGAGUGCAAAAGGAGGUUUAAUGUUAGACUGUGGAAGAUAUUCACAGACUGCUUUAAUUGCUUGCCUGUGGCUGCACUCAUUGAAGAAAAAAUUCUUUGCAUGCAUGGAGGUCUUUCCCCAGAAUUACAGAAUUUAAGCCAGAUAAACAGCAUUGAGCGACCAACUGAUGUACCUGAUUUUGGUCUCCUCUGUGAUCUGCUUUGGUCUGAUCCGAAUCCUGAUAUUCAAGGGUGGGGAGCAAGUGAUAGAGGCGUUUCUUGCUCAUUUGGAGCUGAAGUUGUUGCUGAGUUUCUGAAAAAGAAUGACUUGGAUCUUGUAUGCCGGGCUCAUCAGGUUGUUGAGGAUGGCUACGAGUUCUUUGCAAAAAGGAGAUUAGUAACCAUAUUUUCAGCACCAAACUAUUGUGGGGAGUUUGACAAUGCUGGGGCAUUUUUAACUGUUGACAGCAACUUAGUGUGUUCGUUUCAAAUUCUCAAACCAGUUGAGACAAAACCUGUACUUGGCAGUUCACUGGGAAGAACGUCUAAGAAGGUUGGAAAAGUGGGGAAAGCAUGAGUUUUUGGUCAUGUACUUUAUUGGGCCAAAUAAUUCUGAAGAUAGGAGGUCAUAUUGCUGGGUUUUGGAUGAGAUUUAUCUAUUCACACUGGUCACCUGGAAAAGUCGGAUAACUGGGAUUCCAUUCAAUAUUUGUGCUUCUCAAUCUUCAAUCGUAUAUAUUUUAUUGCUUCGUUGUGGUUGUUGCAGAUUGUAUAAUAUGUCAAGUGUUGGUCUUAUGCUCUUGUACAGUGCUAAUGUAUCUAUCACCUUGCUCUCGUAAAUGAGCAAGCUUUCCAUGAAUUUGAGGCUAUCAAUGACUUUUUCGGUUUCUUA